AAAACUGUCAAUUCAUCUUAAAAGGCACUCACUUAUGUUUGCGGAACAACUUUUCCUUUCGGAUAGGCGUUCUAUGCUAAAGUUUUAUGAUCUAACGGUUUUUCAGAAUUUGCCCAGAGUCGCAAGUGAACCGGCUUG